AUGACUGAACUCCUCCCUUCCGUCCACCUCCUCAUCCUCGGCGCAGGCUGGACAGCUACCUUCCUAAUCCCCCUCCUCCAACAGCGGGGCAUCGCCUUCGCCGCAACAACUACCACAGGCCGUACCGUCGCGGGCGUACCCACGAUCCCCUUCAAAUUUGAUCCGAAUGCGCCGGACGAAGAGAUCACUUCUGCGAUUGGGGCGCUGCCUAGGGCGAGGUACAUCCUUAUUACCUUUCCGAUGAAAGGAGAGGGGCAGAGUAGGACAUUGGUGGAGCAUUAUUUGCAGACGCAUCCUCCACAGCGGGGGCUACCAAAGGCGAGGUUUGUGCAGUUGGGAAGUACCGGGAUUUGGGGGCAGGGGGGAUCCACGGUGUCUAGGUCUGGGGAGGGGAAGAAGGGAUGGGGAUGGAUUACGAGGCAUAGUGCUUUUGAUAGGGCAAACCCGAGGGCUGUGGCCGAGGAUGAGUUGCUCUUACUAGGAGGGUGUGUGCUCAACCUGGCUGGGCUCUGGGGCGGCGAGCGGCAUCCGAAGAGGUGGGUUGUUCGCGUGGCGGGGAGUAAGGAGGCUGUGAGGGGGAAGACGAGUUUACAUCUCAUUCAUGGAGUGGAUGUGGCGAGGGCAAUUUUGGCUGUUGUGGAUGUGGAUGAUGAGAAAUGGGAGAAGCAUGGAAGGGGACAGAGAUGGUUGGUUUCGGACGGAGUGGUAUAUGAUUGGUGGGAGUUGCUUGUUGAAUGGGCAGAGGAGGGACAGGAGGAGGGGAAGGUGAGUGAGCAGGCCAGGUGGGUAUGGGAGUUGAUGGGGGAGAUGGGGGUAUUGGGGCUCCCAAGGGAGAAGGAGGUGCUGGGCAGAUGUUUGAGCUCGGAGGAGUUUUGGCGGACUUGGGGGCUGGUGCCCCUGAAGGCGAGGGUUAAGUAA